AUGACUAAAGAAAUUGCCCUCCAGGAAUUCGACGAUACCUUUGCUUUAUCAUACACUUUAGAAGUGUCCGGGACUGAAAAGGUGAAAUUCCACGUCCCUAAACCUCGCAUGCUUUUUGUUCUUGACGUGUUUUUGAACGGAACCAAGUUGGAUGAGACCAACCAUUGCGUGCAACGGCUUCAUGCUGCCUUAGAGAAGUCGCUGUUCUUACAACAGCUAUUCUUUGAAGUGUCGCCUCUGAAAGAGAAACAUGGCUCCAUCACACUCUACCUCAAGUGCAAAUUGUUUGCUGAUACAUUGGGAGACUUCAAGCAUGCUGAUAACGUUGGGUAUAUCGAAAAGAUCCACUUUAUCUUCAAGUACACCACGUCUUGUCCACUGGUAUAUUUCAGCAGUCUCUUCAACAAUUUGCAAUACUGCUUCUGUUCAGCAAUGCUAGACUUGGAGAAGCAGUACCCUUUCGUGUUUUCAUUCUACGGGAAACAUCUCUAUGAAAUUAACUACAGCACAAUGCUUCGGUGCUUUACAGAGCUUGCUACGCCUCUUCAAGGCCCAGGGGAAGCAGAUCAAUCUGAGAUGUUGCAGUUGGUGCUCGAGAAACUCAACCAUUUCAUGCUUACAAAAUUCAACACUAUCGCAGUGAUGAAAGAAUGUGACAAGUCUCCUUACAGAUUGCAGCAGUGCAAGAAAUCGAUUGCUCGACCAUUUGAGCCGGACGACAAGAGAUUGCUCCGGAAUGUUGCGUUGGUGUAUAGGGUGCUCGCAGAAGACCCCGAAUAA